CAAACAUCAUCCGUCUUAAUACACAGUUUAAAAUAUUCUGAGUACCGCGAGAAUUAAUCGUAAUUUUAUUGCCAUUUCGAACGGUUCGUUCGUCCUACGUGACAAGAUACCAGAAGGAUUUGAUGUCAACGGGGAAUCGAUAGGGAGAAAGAAGACGGCUCUCUGUGCUGCUUGUUACGGUUGAACGGACUCGAUCAUUUGUUGGUUGAGUAUUGGAACUGCCAAGCUGAUAUUGAAAAUCUGUCGCGCUUGGCUGUUUAAUGGAUUUGAGCGGAUUUGAUUUAUAGAUUAUCGGUCGCGUGCAGCACAACUCACCCCGCCUCGACUUCGACGAUUACUUGUAGAUUUGAUAUAACAACCUUCUGCCAUUCUGCUCUACUGCAUAGCGAGAAGUGGUUCCUGUGAAUGGGGCCAGGAAGGGCUUGUGCGAAGGUUAUACUGUGUUAGAGGAUACUCUUAUCCUCCAGACUAAUUGCCGAUACGGCGUUGUAAUCCGCAUUCUUAACAAUAUUUACAUUCACAUAAUACAGUAUCCGAAGCUAUAUACCGCUCCGAACUUUUAUAAAACUACUUCCUGUCGUUUCGAACUAUCGUAUUCUACCAAAUCGUUAUCGAAGUCUCAGAAUGAUGAAUGGUCAAUGGGUAACUUCUGCUGGGGGCCCUUCCAAUUCUUCUGCUCCUCUCACACCAGGGGAUCGACCACUCAAGAGUCCUAGUAAAUUUCCGCGGUCUCACUUCUAUACCGAAGGCAGCGACUCAGGGGAGGACUCGCGCAUGCUGGGAUUCAUGGGUCCUUCUUCCUCCGAAGAUAACUUCAAUAGUCAUGUUAUGGUUGAGGCAGGCGAUGAAUCUGAGGGCGGGACUACAUCACAAAUAAACCUUGUGAGCGGCAGACAAAAUGAUACAGAAGAAGAGAUAGCAACUUUUGAAGGAACUAUGGAUGAUCAGGCGACGCUUCGAAUGAGUCGGGGAAGUGAUGCUUCUAAUUCUAGCGAGGGAAGUUCAGUUAGCAGUGUUAGACGAAGACAAAACGCGAGCCUCGGAAAAGCCCCUAUGAGGGAGGAUAGCCUAGGUCAUAGUGUUUCUACUGCUGGGUAUCAAGCAGACAUGUCAACUACUCUAGAUCGGGUUCCGAGCUCGUCUAGCUCUUCUCGACGAAAUACAACGUCAUCUAGGCUUGAUCGCAGACCGUCAAAUCAAUCUUCGUCAUCGAGGCGAGCCUCAACUCAAUCUAAUAAGAGUAGACGUACAUCAUCUUCCCCGAAUUCUCUCGCGGAGCAGUCGCCGAGAAGCUCGGCUCAUCCUACGAAUUCACCUCCGGAUGAUGACAGCACACCAACUAUAUCUCGGUCCACCUCGACUGUUAUACAAAGGCAGACGAGAGAUCGAGAAUCUGCACGGAGCGAAGUUGUAGUUCCUAGAUGGCAGCCGGACUCGGAGGUUAUUCAGUGUCCUAUUUGUAAUGCUUGGUUUGGUUGGCUAAACAGAAAGCAUCACUGUCGAAAAUGCGGCCGUGUGGUCUGCAACUCUUGUUCCCCGCAUCGAAUCACCAUUCCCUAUCAAUACAUCGUGCAACCUCCAGAUCAUCCGUCUCCAUACAAUUCUGUGGCCUAUAAUCGUCUCCAUGAUCCACAGGGCGAAGGACGUACACAUACUUUAGAGUUCGGUGGAGGAGAUAGAGUUCGUCUCUGUAACCCUUGUGUACCCGAUCCGAACGUAGCUCCACCUCAAACCAACCAAACUGGUUCUGACACAGAACCUCGAUUUAACAUUGGGCAUCACGGCCGAACAAGAAGUUCUAUCGUUCCCUCUACAACUAUCCCAGGAAGCUUACCAGCGGAGUCUCGAUUUCGACUCGCGGGUCAUCGUUCACAUACAAUUCGUGAUCAAAGUAGUUCCAAUAGAUAUUCACCAUCCGGGAUGAAUCCCACUCCUAGAACAGCGGAAGAGUUUCAGACUUGGUACAGGGAGCGAGCGGAUAUGAGCUCUGGACAAAGUGUACGUUCAAGAAGCUCGACGGUUGCUGGAACUGGCACUGGGCGGGACACAACUGAAGACAUGUUUACAUUCCUCAGAAAUGUACGAGGCCCUUCUGCUAGCGUUCAGACACCACCGAACGCUACUGUAUCAACAUCAGCCAGGCGACAUAUCCCGUCAGCGGAAGAUUUGCGUACCCGUCCUUUGCCACGACCACCUCAGAUACAAGAGGAAGACGAAUGCCCCAUUUGUCAUCAUGAACUUCCUUCUAGAGCUCUCGUUAAUUCCGAAACUCUUCGAUCCGAUCAUAUAAUGUCCUGUAUUGAUCGCGCCACAUCUAGGAUGUUCAUCGGGACUCCGACUUCAACACCUCCCCCACCAGUCCCGUCAGCAACACGUCCGGCGCCACCUAUCACCCAAUCAUCUGCUCAGUCAACCUCCUCCCACGCUUCUCCUUCUUCUGCAGUAGCCGCACCUCCCCCUCUUACAUCAAACCCUUCAGCCGGCCCCUCUCAACCUCGACGCACAGGAGUAUUUCCGUAUAUUGCUACGGAGAAAGAUUGUCAAGACGACGCGGAAUGUCAAAUCUGUCUGGAAGAAUACGAACCAGGAUUGGAAAUGGGACGAUUGGAAUGCUUUUGUAGGUUUCAUUUGAGUUGUAUCAGAAAAUGGUUUGAGAAACAUCCGGGAAGAUGUCCGAUGCAUCAGCACGAUGAAUAUGGAUAUUGAGAGAGAUAUAUUAAGUGUGGAUGUUUGGGAAAUAGCAAAAGCGAAAGUGUUGUGAAAGUGAGAUAUUGAGAUUUUAAGAUUUAAAGCGUUGUUCGAUACAUAGAUAUGAUAGCAGAUCGGAGAUGGGAUGUGGUCAACGUUAGCCCAACAGCGAGCAUUCUUCUCUACUCAUAUCACCCACAGGAAUGGAAGGAUAUAUCCUCACGGCGUCAGGAUACUGGAUAUUUCAUAAAUAUGGUACUGCCAUAUAGAAUGCACAUUCAAUCAUUCAUUCAAUUAACACAAUGACGAAACGAAAUUUUAUGGGGCAUGGUGUUUAUAGAAGGUUAGGUUGGGUCGGAUACGGAUAUGGAUAGGGAAAGGGAUGGGAAUAUGGAUAACGGAUCUAUGGUUAAGAUAAGGAUAACAAUCUUCACGACUCCUUGCUUGUUUGUUAUACUGGCGUAGAUAGAUGAAUGGAGAUGUUAUUUA